AUGAUUGGUCGAAGAAGCAAAAUUAGAAUCAGAAGCAGCAGCAACAACAACAACAACAACAACAACAACAACAACAACAACAACAACAACAACAAAAGCAGCAAAAGAAACAUGGAUGCUUUGGCUGGCUACGACACGUCUGACUCAGAAUCAGAGGUAGCACAGCUGUUGGCUCCUCCCCCCUCGGCUUUGUUGGCCCAGGUCUCCAGUGCCCAUAGAAACAGCAGCAGCAGCAGCAGCAGUGGCAAUAACAAACAGAGAAGAGCUGGCACAGAAGAGAAGGUGUUGGGUGGAGCCUUCAAAGACACAUUCACGACUGGAUGCGCUAUUACAUCGGAGUACAAUGGCAGACCAUUGACUACAAAUAAGUCAACUACUUCUUUUGUUCCUCGUAAUCUCCAAAGCGUAAGACAUGAACAUCUGAUUCAAAAGAAAGACAAAAACAUACAUAAAAACAGUGAUAAACCCACAACUAAUGCUGCCAGUGCGGUUAAAAAACAACGAAUUAAAAAGAUGAUAGAAACGAAAUUGAGUGGUUUAAAUUUGGUGAACCCUCUGUUGGCUGAAAAUAAUAAAAACAAGAAUCGAAAUAAUAGUGAUAAUAUUAAUAAUAAUAAUAAUAGUAAUAAAAGUAAUAAAGGUGGUAAAAGAAUUGACAAAAUUUUGAAAUUAAAUACAAUUUUGUUAAGUAAAUCUAUUUCAGAUCCUAAUCAAAUUGAAACGAAACAAAAUAAUGAAUAUGGAGAUGAUGACCAAAGUUUUUAUCGAGAAAUGAAUAAAGAAAUUCUAAAUAAAAAAAUAAUUGAAUUUAAUAUUGACGAAUUUUAUUCCAAAAACCAGGAAUUGAUUGAUAAAGGUGAUUUGGAUCCAAACUCCGGUCGACAAUUGAAAAUUAUCAAUGCUCAUGGUAAAAACCAAUUAUUAUCAUUAUUUAAAAUAGCCAAUCAAAAUUUGGAAAUAAUGAAUGAGAAAAAUAAAUUAAUUAAGAGAAAUCUCAAUUAA